AUGAAUUCUUCCAGGCACGCUUCCACCUCGGCAUCUCCUGCACUCCACGUCCAUCCUCUUCGGGAUGGCGCGUUGCUGCGACGCUGUGACGCUGCACCAAUUGGUCCCCCAGUUCGUCGUCUGACGCUGUUGCAAAGGGGGAGUAUGAUUGCCAAGACUGCCAUCUCCGCCCUCCUAGCCAGCGCCGCCAUGGCGAUGCCGGCGACCCCCACGACGCCCGAGGCCGGCUUCUCCGUCGGCGCCCUCGACAGCCGCCAGCUCAAUGGCAAGGUCACCAACAGCGCCAUUGCCAACUUCAACGCCGAUAACACCAACGACGGCAUCGGCGCCGGCAAGGACGAGUACCACAUGUACUACGGCAACGGCGGCACGGCCGCUGGCUGGCCGGACCGCAACCGCUGGGUGUCCUUUGUCGACAUGUUCAACAACUACAAGAACCAAAUGUUUAGCUCGUGCGGCGGACAGGGCCAGGCCAACGACUCUGGUCCCGAAGUGGCGGCCAAGGCAUCAGGUGUCGACCACCGCUUCAUCCUGGCCAUCAUCAUGCAGGAGUCGGGCGGCUGCGUGCGCGUCAAGACGACUAACUACGGGGUGCGCAACCCCGGCCUGAUGCAGGACCACGACGGGCAGGCGACGUGCAACGAGAACGGCAACGUGCAGAACCCGUGCCCAUCGGGUACCAUCUACCAGAUGAUCUCCGAGGGUACUGCCGGCACCUCCAAGGGUGAGGGCCUCGCCCAGACGCUCAACCGCCAGGGCCACAGCGACGUGUCGGCCUUUUACCGCGCGGCGCGCCUCUACAACUCGGGCUCCAUCUCCAAGACGGGCAACCUCCAGGACGGCAUCGCCACCCACUGCUAUUCGGCGGACAUUGCCAACCGGCUUACUGGUUGGGUCAACGCCCCGUCUCAGUGCAAGUGCGACGACAAUCCCAGUAGCUGUGGCAUCACGACCAACUAA